AUGUAUGUCCACUUCACACCGAACGCUGGUCCAAUUGGUGAAAUUCGGAAAAAUUUCAAGAGAAAAGGAGCACUCCAAUGCUUUCUUGGAAACUUUGAAGACAAGAAAAAGAAAGUUUUUCCCGUUUGGGCAAAUGGACAUCAGCAUCUAUCUCUCAAAGUUUUACAAGACAUGCUCACAAACGAAUGCCGCUUGGAAAACUGUUCUUUAAUUGUUGAUUCUGUUGGAAUCUACUUGCAAAGGAACAACUGCCUUCCUCAAUUGAACCGGGCUUGGAUUCCUUCGAAAGACAAGAACGGAAACGACAAAUUUUUUUGGCUGAAUAAAAAAUAUGUCGCGAUGUUCACAAAACUGGAAUCUGGACGAUACCUAUAUCAGCUUCUCAAAGAUCGAAGAAGGCGGAAAUUGAGUUUUGCGCAGCCAUCCCACUAA